AUGAAUGCGCCGGGCGGGUCGUCGAAUAAAUACAUGCCACUCCAUCAGUGGUGCUCCCGUAGAGAGCGUGGUUUGGGUCCACGGUUUGGCGAUGCUGAUACAAUCCAUCGUACCAUCUACCGAUCGCUGGAGCCGAAGAAGAUCUGGAAUGACCCAGGCCGAUUCCCUGGGAUUGUGCGAGAUUACGGUGGUGCGUUCAAUUUAGAAUUUUCUCCCGAUGGAACGCUGCUGGUUGCAGCCUGUGAGAAGAAAUCGAUUGUACUGUUUGAUCCGCUGACAGAGAUCCAGAUAUGUGCUGUGAAGAAUGCACACACCGAGUGUGUGAACUGUAUAAAGUUUAUCGACGAUCGCAUAUUUGCCACCUGCUCCGAUGACACUACAGUCGCUCUGUGGGACAUCCGGAAUUUGACUACGAAGCUGCGCACUCUGAACGGACACAGCGGUUGGGUGAAAAACAUAGAGUACUCUAAGCGGGAUAGGAUGCUGUUAUCGUCCGGGUUCGAUGGUUCGAUUUACGCAUGGGAGAUAAACAACUUCACAGAGUAUGGUUCCGUGUAUCGGCGAGUACUUCACACGUCGGGUUUGUUGAGGUCGCGCUUAACACCCGACGAAAGCCGGCUAGUUCUGAGCAUGAGCAGCGGAUAUUUGAUGAUCAUUCACGAUCUUGAUCUUGCCAAUCUAGCCAGCGAUCUGGAUGGAUUCUAUCCCAAUGUGUACCGGCUGAUGCAGGUCGGCGGGCAGCUAAUUCCAAUGGCCGCACGCUUUAGACCGAUGUUUUACUCCAAGCGCAAGAAGAACCGCAUCGAGCUGGUAACAGAUUUUCCGCCCAACAACAAUCCGGAAAUUAUCAGCGGGUUGGCGAUUCAUCCGCAAGGCUGGUGUGCUCUAUCUCGAAACUUGUCUACGGACGAAACGACAGAAUAUUCAGUCGUGCACGAUAUACAAGCGUUGCCUCAGGACGAAGAAAUCGAUGAGGAUGAUGAGGAGGUGGUAGAGCGUGAGCAGGAACGUCGGGAGGAACAGGAAAUGGAGGUAGAGGAUUCAAUGAGCAGCGGGUCGGAUGUGACCUCUGGACCGCAACCAGGUACGAGCGGACUGUCCGGACGUUCGGCCAGAAACCCCAGUCAUAUGGGAAGCGUGUUUCGGUUGAAUGUUACCAUGCGUGAAAUGAUACCCUCGGUCGAUUCCAACAACGAACCAGCGGCUGCCAAUCCGGGUGCCAACAACGAACCAGAACCAUCCGGAAGCCGUAGCAAUUUAGUAACGGCACAGCGGCAGGAACAGCCUCACGGAGGGGAAGCGCCGGGUCCUAGUGCGCAGCCGGUAGUACCGACGGGAAGUGUUGGCCGUCAGAAUGGCCGUGGUAGGCGGGUCAUGGUAACGGGACGCUAUCUGCGUCAAGACAUCGCUAGCACCGACAUAUGGGCCACCGAGAUAACGUACCGUGAGCGUAAGAAUAUGCCUAACCCGCAGGUGCGCAACAAUCGCGGCCAAAUCUAUGGGAUAGUGUCGGGCGUUAGCUCUUCUUCGAGCAUCGGUUACACUGGAGCCGGUAGGAAACGUAUCACCGAAACGGUUGCCACCAAUACUCCCCGCAUGCUGUACUACAUCCAGGAAUCGAGCAUGAGACAGGCUUACAUCAAGGAAUCAUGCUUUUCACCGGACGGUCGUAUCAUUUGCUCACCACACGAAAAUGGUUUCCGCCUAUUGUCGUUCAAUGAAAAUUGUACCCAACUGCAACAUGCCACCGGAAUAUGGCGAAACCAGCAACCACAGCAGCUACAGGAACUGAAACAGAAGCAAUGCCAUUCAGCUAUGGUCGUAAGUAGUCAGUUCAGUUCCCGGUAUCCCCUGCUCGUUACGGGUUGUUUGCGGGGCAAAAUAGUCUGGCAUCAACCGGCAUUGCACUAA